AUGUCGGUGCAGGAGUAUCUGGAGAAGCACCUGCUCUCACGCAGGAUCGAGGAGGCCGUGAACGCGGCGGUCCGCGCCAAGGCCCCCGACCCGGUGCUCUUCAUCGCGGGCCACAUGCGGCGGGCGGCGCCCGCCGUGAUCACGAGGGUGCGGGCGCGCCAGAUCCUUGACGGGCACGGCGCGCCGGCCGUUGAGGUCGAGUUGCACACCAACAAGGCCGUGCACCGAGCAUCCGCGGCCGGCGCGGGCGCGCUCGAGGGCGCCGCCGCCGACGCGGCCGGGGGCUCCGAGAGGCGGAAGAUCCUCGCCAGGGCGGUCGCCGACGCGGUGCGGGUGAUCAACGACAAGGUGUCGGAGGCGCUCGUUGGGAUGGAUCCGCAGCAGCAGGCGCAGAUCGACCAGGCCAUCAUGGACUUGGACAAGGCGCGCCACAAGGCUGAGCUUGGAGCAAAUGCUAUGCUGGCAGUGUCAAUUGCAGCUUGCAAAGCUGGUGCUGCUGAAAAAGAGGUUCCACUCUACAAGCAUAUAGCAGAUCUUGUUGGCAAAAGCGCUACAACUCUUCCUGUCCCUGCAAUUACAGUCAUUAAUGGUGGAAAGCAUGCUGGAAAUGCUCUUCCCAUUCAAGAAAUUAUGAUCCUUCCUGUUGGUGCUAAGAAUUUUGAAGAAGCAAUGCAGAUGGGUUCCGAGACCUAUCACCAUCUCAAGGAUAUUAUCUUGGAGAAAUGUGGCUCAGACAGCUGCAACAUUGGAGAUCACGGUGGGUUUGCUCCAAAUAUUUCCAGCAUAUCUGAAGGCCUGGAUCUUGUUGUUGCGGCAAUAGAGAGGGCUGGAUAUAAUGGAAGAAUAAAAUUGGCAAUUGAUGUUGCUGCUACUGAUUUUUGUGUAGGAAAAAAAUAUGAUCUGGAGUUUAAGUCAACAAAGAAAUCAGGGCAGAACUUCAAAACUGCUGAUGAUAUGAUUGUGAUCUAUAGCCAGCUUUGUUCAGAGUACCCACUUGUCUCCAUUGAGCAGCCCUUUGAUAAAGAUGAUUGGGAGCACUCAAAAAAAUUGACCACUCUAGAUCUGUGCCAGGUUGCAGGGGAUGACUUGUUGAUGUCUGACCCCGAACGCAUUAAGCGGGCAGUUAGUGAGUACACUUGCAAUGCUCUUGUUCUCAAGGCAAAUCAAGUGGGCACUGUCACUGAGGCCAUAGAGGUUGUGAAGCAGGCAAAGGAUGCUCAUUGGGGUGUGGUGGUGUCACAUAGGUCUGGAGAUACUGAGGAUUCUUUCAUUGCUGACCUGGCUGUUGGUGCUGCAGCCGGACAGAUCAAAACCGGUGCCCCCUGCCGUGGAGAGUGUCUAACUAAAUACAAUCAGCUGCUUAGAAUAGAGGAAGAACUUGGAAGUGAAGGCGUUUAUGCAGGGGAGAAUUGGAGAACUGUAAGCACGAGCUGA